CUACAACAAAGGCAACACUAAUUCAACAAGGCACUGGCGACAAAACGAAUUGACAACACCAAAUUGCAAAACGAUGAAAACAAAAUCUAUGCAAAUAAUGACUUACAGCACAAAACAUAAUCAGGAUCUACCCACCGAAAUUUACAAUGCUGAAAUUGACGAUGCUGAAAUCAAUGGCACCAAAGACAACAGCACAAAACAAACAUGCUUACCAAAUCCAAACGACAUGUUAAAAGCUUUGAAUGAAAAAAACCAAUGUUAG